AUGACGCAUCAAGUGAGUUCUAUUGUUCAUUCUAUGGCCCCAAAACUCGAGGAUCCAGGUGCUUUCACUAUCCCGUGCACUAUUGGUAGUGCGGAUUUUGCUAAAGCCCUAUUUGACUUGGGGGCUAGUAUUAACUUGAUGCCAUAUUCCGUUUUCAAGACCUUGGGGAUCGGUCAACCGAGACCAACUUCCAUGCGACUUCAAAUGGUGGACCGAUCAAUGAAGCGUCCCUUGGGCAUAAUCGAUGAUGUUCUUGUUCGUGUUGAUAAGUUCAUAUUGCCGACGGAUUUUGUGGUAUUAGAUUGCGAAGUGGAUUUUGAGGUUGAUGCCACUUUGGCGGUUCUUCAAAAGCGCAAAAAGGCGAUUGGAUAG